AUGGAACAUUUUGAGUACCACUGGGGUAUGAAGAAGGGAGAGCUUGAUCUCUCCACACCACUCAACCACAUCGAACUUCGCAGCGACAUGGCCGAGCGCAUGGACAAGCAUGACUGGACUAUCCUCCCCACUAAGAAGACACUCAACACCAUCAUCGCGCUGUCGGACUUCAACAAGACUGCUGAUGUAUCCAAAAGGAAGCGAUUCACUGAAGUGCUUCCCGAACAAGAAUAUGAAUACGAAUUUCUGCCUAUGCACAUCGCCAAGCGAGAUCGCCCGUUGUUGUACCUCAAAAGAGGCUCGACCACCAGGACGAUCAACAGAGCGUACUCCAGUAUGCCCCGUAUAAAGUCUCGCGCGCAUCCUCUCUUCGUGAUCUUCCGAACGUACAGAAACAUCCUUUCCGGUCACGCCUCUAUGCCGGAUGCCAAGGUGGACCGCCUCUCGCGAAAGUUAGUCGACGUGCUCCGCCGCUGGCAAGCGCGUCCCCCCGUUGAGUUCCUCGUAGGGCCCGAUGUCUGGCAAAAGCAUCGUCAUCCCUGCAGUGACGAUGGGUCCGUUGCGCGUGCGCUGCUGAGCACCUGCCAGCCCACGGAUGCGAAGACGCCGGCGCGACGUGUACGCAAGUCCACUCGUGCUCCUGCACCUCAGCCAAAGUCUCGCCAGAAGGGACCUUCGGUAUAUGACCACGCGCGUCAAGUGCCCCCACACCCCGACUCGCCCGCUCUUCCUCGGAGCGUCCGGGCUUCAGAUUCCGGGUCUACCGACACUGGCGCCGAUGCCCACGAUUUCUCGGCGACCGAGCUACGCCUAUGGCUGGACUCUAUCAGUCCCGAACGCAGGUCCAAGACGAAGCGCGUAUCUCCCCCUUCCUCUGGCUGCGAUGCUGUCCUCGCCCGAUAUCGCGAGGAGUCGGCCCGCGACCCCACCAAAAUUCGCCUGAGCAUACGGACCAACAAUGGAGGUCUGGUCGGCGCGGGCAACUGCGACAACGACCGCUCCAUCUUCUGCAGCAAUGACUGGGCGCUGUCCAACUAUGAUACCUGUCUUUGGUCCUCGAACCCGCCUGGCUAUGCGGACGUCGAGCUUGUCCCAUAA